UGCAGAAGGCGAGGCGAGCUGACGCCUUUUUUCUUCCCGGCCGCGAUCUGAUCUUGCGUCUCUUCUCCGAUCGAUCGAUCUCCCACUCGCGCACUACUGCCUGUACCACCACCACUGGAGCAGUAGCUAGCUAGCUAGCUAGUGGUGCCAUGUUGCUGUCUGAUCUCUCGUCGGACCAGGAGGCCACUGGGUCCAACUCCCAUGGAGCAGGAGGAGGAGACAUGGGUGGUGUCCAUGGCCAUGUGGUGCUUAGCUCUUUGUUUCUGCCGGCGCCGGCGGCGAUGCUGCUGCCUCCGGCGCUGGUGGUGGAGGAGCCCAAGGCCAAGAAGAAGAGGAGCCUGCCCGGCAACCCAGACCCGGAGGCGGAGGUGAUCGCGCUGUCGCCGAGGGCGCUGGUGGCGACGAACCGCUUCGUGUGCGAGGUCUGCAACAAGGGGUUCCAGCGCGACCAGAACCUUCAGCUCCACCGCCGCGGCCACAACCUGCCGUGGAAGCUCCGGCAGCGCGGGGCCAGCGACCCCGGUGUCGUCGUCGCCGCCGCUGCGGCUGGGGGAGGGGCGCCGCCGAGGAAGCGGGUGUACGUGUGCCCGGAGCCGACGUGCGUGCACCACGACCCGGCCAGGGCGCUCGGCGACCUCACCGGGAUCAAGAAGCACUUCUCCCGGAAGCACGGCGAGAAGCGGUGGCGGUGCGAGCGGUGCGGGAAGCGGUACGCCGUGCACUCCGACUGGAAGGCGCACGUCAAGAACUGCGGCACCCGCGAGUACCGCUGCGACUGCGGCAUCCUCUUCUCCAGGAAGGACAGCCUGCUGACACACAGGGCCUUCUGUGAUGCCCUAGCUGAAGAGAGUGCAAGGCUGCUUGCUGCUGCAGCAAACAACAGCAGCAGCAUCACCACCUGCAACAUCAAUGGCAGCAGCAGCAGCAACACUAACAAUCUUCUGAUCAGCAGCAGCAGCAACAACACUAAUAAUCUUCUGAUCAGCAACAGCAGCAGCAGCAGCUCACCACUGUUCCUCCCGUUCUCCAGCCCUCCUGAUCAUGCCGCUGCAGCUGAAAACCCUAACCCUAACCAGCUCCUGUUCCUGCAACAACACCAUCUGCUUCAUCCUCAGUUCCAAGCUGUACUGCAACGACCACCCUCGCCGCCGGUGGCGGCGGCGUACUUUGAUCACCUGCUGCCCUUCGGCGCCGGCGCCGUCACCGGUAGCAAGGACAAUAGCUCGGUUGCUGCCGGCGACGUCGUGGUGGCCGACGCGGUUAGCUUCGGGCUCACUUCGGAGGGCUCGGUGACCAUGCACGCCGGUGGAGGAGGCCGCCUCACCAGGGACUUCCUCGGCGUCGACCACGACGGCGGCGAGGUGGAGGAGCUCGAGCUGGAGCUGCCUCUGUCGGCCGCCGACUGCCAGGGCUACUCCUUCGCCACCACCGCCGCCGCCGUCUCCCGCGCCGCCUGCUGCGCCACCGACUUCACCACCAGCAGCAGGCAGUACCUCGGCCGCCGGCUGCCGCCGGUGAACGAGACGUGGAGCCACAACUUCUAGGCCUUGAAGAGAUCGAAGCUAUGCGAUGCAAUGCAACAAUCACCAAAAACUGCUAAGCAAAAAUCAAAACUAGUUCCAGCGCCACAU